AUAAUGUAGCGGUCCUGCCGACCGAAGGAAGCAUUUCCCUCCCUGUAUUGAAUAAUUCUAAAGAUCAAUGAUCACCAUUGAUCUAAGAAAGACCCUUUAUUUCCCCAUGGUGCUCCACGCAAUUAGUGGAUUACAUCACAUGUGGAUUUCACGGUCAUGUUUAUAGACCAACGCCGGUUAACCAAGAAACAAGCGAUGCAAGCAGAGAGAUUGCUUACUGCUUGUUGCUGGUUGACGCGGUGAUGUAACGUUCUCGCUCCAAUGCCGGAGAAAUGUUUUUGUUUUAACUUUUUGUAUGUGUCACCCGGCAGCGCUGACUGAACCCCAACAAGGUCUCAGUCACGUGGCCGAACUAAUGAAGCCAGAGUGGACGACGCCCGGUUUGACUUUCUCUUUUCUCUUAUUUCUUUUCAGAUCGGGAGAAUGAGUUCUUGCGACGGCAAGUUAAAAGACCCGCGAAUGACGCCGGGGCGGUUGUUGUAUUGUUGUUGUGGUGUCGUUGUCCGGUGGGAUCGUCGUCCGCGUGGGAUCGUUUGCGGCGUGAGUUUGGUUGGAGUUUCGGUUCGCGGGUGUGGUGCAUCGAUUUUAUUAUUACAUACAAUCUAUCUUUAGUUAAUAAAGUGUUUGUAGUUUGUUUCAGUGUACCUAGAGUUACAUUAAGUGAAACGAAAGAAAGCCAGUGCAGUGCCGUGACCACCACGGCUAUACAUUCUGGUGACAGCGCAAAAGCGCUAAACAAGUGCAGGCACGCCGUUUGUGACUGGAAAGUGAAAAAGAAUAAUAACCUAUUGAAGUAUCUAAGACCCAGCUGGUUACUACAGAAGAAAUCGUGUAAGUGUUGCGCAAAAAACUAUUAGGCGAAACAGUGUGAAUCAUUCAGUUGAGUAGAACUCUUGAACCGUGCACAGUUUGAGUGUGAUGCUGAUCUCGGAUUCCUUUCAACGAAAAUUGUUGUGUUACUCAUCGAGUCAAAACAGAGAAAAAGUUGGACCCACUGGAUACUACUGAGUCGCACAUUUGCAAACCGCUUGCAAAUCGAUCACUGCCAGAUCAUUUCCUACAAGAGGAACUAAGUAUCUUCAUCGGACCCAGCAAUAUGAUGCAGAAUAAUGGGUAAGUCGAAUCAAUAUUUUUUUUAAUUGAGUGAUUUUAAGAGAAGUGCGUAUGUGUAUAUGAUUUUGGUUCUCUUAGCACAAAAUGAAAGUUACAACAUUCUAAUAGAAUGCUAUUACUGUAUCUUUUUUAUUUGAGUUUGAGAAAGGCAAGUAACAAAAAUUGCACGUAAAUAAAUCCUUUUUUUAUAAUUAUAUUUGUUGGCUUUUUCACAUGAACUCUUGAUCAAAUUGAAGAUUAUGAACUAUGAAUAUUGCAAUCUUUGGAAUGUUUGAACAUUUUAUGGCAGUUUCGUUUCUCAAGAUCAUGUUAGUAAAGCAUGUAAAAAAGUUUUAUUAUUUGUGAAUAAAUCCUUUUUGCUUUUCUCACACCAUAAAAACAUUAAAUAAAUACCACUUGUAUUCGAUCCACAGCCCUGAGUAACGGGAGCAACAUAUUUUGACUAAUUAGAUAAAGUGUUACUCAAUGAAUUUCUUAUUCAUUUGUUGAUCAAUUCAAAAUAUUUUGGUGGUAAACAAAAUGUACAAUAUUGCAAAAUUUAUAAGAAAAAUUUAAUUUUAAUGAAUCAUCUGAUUUAAUCACGAAUCUACCAAAAAAAUCUAUCAACAAUUUAUUUCCCGGCUGGUUUCUCCUACUAUUUUAACGGAUUUGGAAUGAACAUGGGUGUGAUUAGAAACAAACAUAGGUUGCUGGAGAUGAGAGCAAAGAUCGUGUUACUGCGACAAACACGGCCAAACCCUAUCGGUGAAGCUUUAUUUUUCGCGCUUUUCGAUUAUUGCCUUUAUGGAUGGCCAUUAGUAUGGGACAAAUAUCAAAUCCUCGCUCCAGUCGACUUUUUAGAUCCCAUUUGGAUCCCAUAUGAACUGUGCAAAAUUUCAGCGCAAUCGGUGAAACUAUAAUUUAGCGCAAGCGGUUCAAAGUUUUCAUAGGAUUUACUAUGGGAAAAGUUACACUUUCAGAUAAAAAAUCCCAGAGGGCGUCCCUUGUCUCCUUAAUUCAAAUCGAUCAAUGUUUCUUGUAGAAAAAUCAAUUAUGAAACUUUCCUUCGAAGACCGCAAAACAAUUGGAUGCUUGUGGAAAAAGUUAUUGAUUUAUUACCGAUUAGUGAUCCCAUGAACGGCUUUUUGUUUUGUUUUAUUAGCAGCACUGUAGCGGCUGCCUUGGCUGCUGCUGUUUCUGGGGGUGGUGAUGCCUCCCGCCACCCCAUGCAACAACGGCAGCAGCAGUGCUGCUAAUUAAACAAAACAAAAAGCCGUUCAUUGAAUCACUAAUCGAUAAUAAAUCAAUAACUUUUUCCACUAGCAUCCAAUUGUUUUGCGGUCUUCGAAGGAAAGUUUCAUAAUUGAUUUUUCUACAAGAAACAUUGAUCGAUUUGAAUUUAGGAGACAAGGGACGACCUCUGGGAUUUUUUAUCUGAAAGUGUAACUUUUCCUAUAGUAAAUCCUAUGAAAACUUUGAACCGCUUGCGCUAAAUUAUAGUUUCACCGAUUGCGCUGAAAUUUUGAACAGUUCAUAUGGGACCCAAAUGGGAUCUAAAAAGUCGACUGGAGCGAGGAUUUAUUUUUUCCAUACAAGCGUGUACCAUACUAAUGGCCAUGUGAUGAUAUUAGGAGUGUUGAUGGCACGGCUUGAUUUAUGGAUGAUAUUAAUUGAUAUCUAUUAAUAUUAAUUAAAUAAUUUGCUGAAGGAAAAACUAAAUACGAAGAAGCACGACUGGAAAAUAUUUCUGUUUUAUUCAAUAGUUCUCUCGUAAUUGAUUAUGGAUUUUUCACUUGCGUGGAAUAAGUAACCAUCACAAAAUUAAUCCACCAUUAAAAAUGUUGGUAUUGAAAGUGAAUUACUCUAAACUCUUGGUAAACAUCAACGAAGGCCAUUAUUAUAUGAAAUAGUGCUCCCCAUAGCUCUUCAAAAAAAUGGCAUUUCCUAGGUAUUCCCAACGGGAUAGAUUCUUCCGAGAAUCGCGAGACAGACUCGAGAGAGAGUCUGAGGAAGAGAGAGAGUAUGAGGAAGAGGAAUUAAGAGGCAUUCAUAGGCGACUACAACCGGGUCGGGUUGAUAAGCCACGAGACAAUAACAACAACAACUACUACCGGAACACUAACAACAGCAACAACAACAAUUACAACCGCAACAACAACAAUUACAACCACAACAACAACAAUUACUACCAGAACAACAACAAUUACAACCACAACAACUACAACAACAAUGGUUAUAACCAACAUAACAACAAUAGCGAUGCUGUUAACAAUAAUAAGGCAGCAAUGGAAGCAGAGAAAUAUAAGGAAUUAUGGGAGGAAUCAGAAGAAUCAAAAGCUCGAUUAGAAAAACUGUUUCAACGUGACAUAAAAGAACUUUGUGAAGAUAGGCGGGAUGCUGCUAACGAUAUGGCUGCAAAAGAAAAGAAAUUUGUUAACAAGUUGAAAGCUUUGGAAGCUAAGCUGAGCAAUGAGAAAAUAUUGAAUAAAGCAUUAAGCCAGGAAGUCACGAUGCUGAAGAUGCGAGAGGAAGAGCAUGCUUUAUCGGUUGCUGAGAACAAAACGGCAAUUAAUUCCGAAUUGGAAAGUAAAGAAAGUGAAGUACGCAAAUUGAAGGUGCAACUCGAAAGCAAUAAGAAGAACUACGAGAAUAAGUUGGCCGAACUGAACUUCACCAUCCAGGAAAUGAAGAAGCGUUCCGUGGAAGAUUCUGAUAUUGCGAAGGAACUGGAGGAAGCGAAGAAGAAGAUGAACAAGGACAUCGAAGUACUGCAGCGGCGAAUCUUCGAACUGCAAGCCACCAACGAUCGGCUGGACAAGAGCAAAAAGAAUAUCCAGUCGGAGCUGGAGGAUGCCACCAUCGAGCUGGAGACGCAGCGUACUAGGGUGCUAGACUUGGAAAAGAAGCAGAAGAACUUCGACAAAGUUCUCGCCGAGGAGAAGGCCGUCAACGAUCAGCAUGCCCAGGAACGCGAUGCCGCCGAGCAGGAAGCUCGCGAAAAGGAAACCAAGGUGUUGUCGUUGACGCGGAAGCUGGACGAAGCGUACGAGAAGAUCGAGGACCUGGAAACGAAACGGAAAGCACUGCAGAACGAGUUGGAGUCGAAGUUUAUGGAAUUCGAGCAAAAGACUUUGGAUUUGGAAAAGGAGAACCAUCACAUGAAAACGGUUAUCAUUAAUUUAGAGCAAGAGAAAAGUGACAUUUCUUCGAAGUUUGUGAAAUUCGAACGAAAGAUUUUGAAUCUAGAAAUGGAGAACCAUCGUAUGGAGACGAUUGUUAAUAAACUUGAGCAAGAGAAGAAUAACCUAUCUUCGAAGUUAAUGGAUUCCGAGCGAAAUAUUUUGGAUUUGGAAGAAGAAAACCAUCGUAUGAAAACUGUUAUCAUCAAGUUGGAGCAACAGAAGAGCGACAUUAGUAAACACUUGCCAGAAUCUAUUGAUAAAUCGGAAAAGCUACUCAAUGAAAAGGAUACGUUGUCAACUAAAGUUCAAGAACUAGAAGAAAAUUCAAAAUGUUUCAGUAGCUAGGUCCAAGUUUCAAAGGUCCAACUGAUAAUUUUUGCGUAAUUAAAGAGGAAAUGCAGAACAAAUUGACUUCACCACUGAAACAACUAACGAAAGCCCAUGCGGAGAAAGCAGUGAGCGAAUACCGCAAUACUAAAACUCGGUUGAAAUUGCAACAGCUACAAGAAACUACCUAUGAUAACAAGAACUUUUUUCAAGAAUCCCAAAGCCAAAUCAAACAACAAGAAAGUGCUCAUGCCAAAGAGGAAGCAACUAUUGCGAGUCUCGCAAAAAGGAAAGACUUCGAACCACUCGACAAUGAUGAUGAUUAACCUGGGCUUGUUAGGGGAAUAUCUGUAAAUAAAAGAAAAUCGGGUUAAGUACGGUUC